ACAAUCGUCACACAAUCACUUGUGCGCACCCCGUCUCAGUCAUGUAAAUCGCUGCAGUCAGAGCUCCUUCCUGUUUUUCACUAGUUCCUUCUUCUCUCGUUCCGUGUUCGUACGGAGUAGGCUGAGAAGGAAGUCCAAGGACAGAGAGAGAGAGUAAGAAAGAGAAGAUGUUUCUUUCAGAAGGAGGACUUUAGGUGUUGUAUCUGUCUCUGUGCCUGAAGCCAUGGGGACUGUGAGAGGUGCUGACAGGGAGCAGUUUUCAGAGAAACUGACUGGAGAUUGAUUUUUUUUUUCUUUCCAUUAUUGCUCCCAGUUUGGGUAGAAUAGUUUUAAAGAGAUAUAUUUGAUUGAAUGGAUCCUAAAAGAAAACGUCAGGGACUGCAAAACAAAAGACUUUCCAAAUGAGAAAACCUUUCUCACAGAUCUCUCACCUGGGAAAGAUAGGGGAUUGACGGAAACAUGGAGGCACUGAGAGAAUCGUUUCUUCAUUUGACUUUUCAGAUGUCAAAAUACAAGAGAGCAACGCUGGAUGAGGAGGAACUGGUGGACUCCACUGGUGACGAUGCCUACCCAUCAUCACCCAUGCAGAUGACCUUUUUGCCAGGCAGGAGCACCACAUGUAGUCCAGACAAGACCCAAAAAGAAAAGAGGCUUCUGCUAUUAGUGUGUUUCCUUUCAGUCGCCCUGUUUCUAUCACUCAUCUCUACUGGAGUCUUUUAUAAUCAAGCUCACCCAGGCCUGUGCCUUUCAGAGCCAUGCAUUACUGUCGCCAGCUCUGUCCUGGGAGCCCUGAAUAGAUCUGUGGACCCCUGCCAUGACUUCUACAACUUUGCCUGUGGGGGCUGGGUGAAGAACAACCCUCUCCCUGAAGGGAAGUCCCGCUGGGGUCCAUUUAGCAAUCUGUGGGAGCACAACAUGCUUGUGAUGAAGCACUUGUUAGAAAACACCACAAUAAAAGAACUGAGCACAGCGGAGAAAAAAGCCCAGCAAUACUAUCAAGCCUGCAUGAAUGAGUCAAAGAUCGAAGAAUUAGGAGCAAAGCCUCUGCAGCAGCUAAUCAGCCAGAUAGGAGGGUGGGCUCUCACGGAGCCCUGGGACAAGGACAAUUUCCAAGAGGUUCUCAGAACUGUGUCUGCCAGUUUAAGGACCUCCCCUUUUUUCACCGUCUUUGUGAGCACAGACUCCAAAAACUCCAACAGCAAUGUCAUCCAGGUGGAUCAGUCCAGCCUUGGACUGCCUUCAAGGGAUUACUACCUCAACAAAACAGCCAAUGAAAAGUACCUCACAGCGUACCUCAACUUCUUGGUGGAGUUAGGGGUCCUCCUGGGCGGCUCAGAGGAAACGUCUCGGACGCUAAUGACAGAAAUUGUGGAAUUCGAAACCACCCUGGCCAACAUCACAGUGCCUCAAGAGGAGAGGAGGGAUGAGGAGCUUAUUUACUUUAAAGUACAGGCUAAGGACCUAAAAAACCUGGCUCCUGCGGUUGAUUGGAUGCCGUAUCUGACAGAAGUGUUCACGCCUGUUACACUUAACGACUCAGAGCCUGUUGUUGUUUAUGCCAAAGAAUACCUCCAGAAGGUCUCUGAGCUCAUAACAAACACAAAUAAAAGCCUACUCAACAAUUAUAUGAUAAUGAAGGUGGUGAGAAAGAUGGUUUCAGUUUUAGACCAAAGAUUCCAGGAUGCAGAGCAGCGCUUCCUAGAAGUCAUGUAUGGGACUAAGAAGAGCUGCAUUCCACGUUGGAAAGUGUGUGUCAGCGACACAGACAGUGCCUUAGGCUUUGCCCUCGGUGCCCUUUUUGUCAAGGAAACCUUCACAGAGGACAGCAAAGCCACUGCUGAAGAAAUGGUUGCAGAAAUUAAAUGGGCGUUUGAGGAUAGCUUGAAGGAUGUGAGCUGGAUGGAUUCAGACACAAAAAAAGCAGCAAAAGAAAAGGCAGAUGCUAUAUACAACAUGAUUGGAUACCCGGAGUUUAUUAUGAAUGCCACAAAGCUGGACAAAGUGUUCAAUGAUUUUAUGGUGGUGUCAGAUCUGUACUUCCAGAAUGUCAUGCAGUACUACAACUUCUCAGCCAGAGUGACCGCUGACCAGCUGAGGAAAACUCCCAACAGAAAUCAGUGGAGCAUGACACCUCCAACUGUAAAUGCAUAUUAUAACCCAACAAAGAAUGAGAUGGUUCUACCAGCAGGGAUCCUUCAGGCUCCAUUCUACAGCCGAUCAUGGCCAAAAGCUCUUAACUUUGGUGGAAUUGGAGUUGUAAUGGGACACGAACUGACUCAUGCGUUUGAUGACCAAGGAAGGGAAUAUGACAAGGAUGGAAAUCUGCGGCCGUGGUGGAAGAAUUCAUCCGUGGAGGCCUUCAAGAGGCAGACGCAGUGCAUGGUGGAGCAAUACGGCAAUUAUAGCAUCAACAAAGAGCCUCUGAAUGGAAGACACACACUGGGGGAGAACAUUGCUGACAACGGGGGAUUAAAAGCUGCUUACAAGGCCUAUGUGAACUGGAUCAGAAAGAAUGGUGAAGAAGCAACGCUGCCGGCGCUGGGAAUGACGAACCAUCAGCUGUUUUUUGUGGGAUUUGCACAGGUAUGGUGUGCGGUCAGGACACCCGAGAGCUCGCAUGAGGGGGUGAUCACUGAUCCUCACAGCCCGUCAAGAUUCAGAGUCAUCGGCACCAUCUCCAACUCACGGGAAUUCUCAAAGCACUUUGGCUGCAAAGCAGAUGCUCCAAUGAACCCCAAAAAUAAGUGUGAGCUCUGGUGACCUUGCCGCC